GUCACCGCGCGACUCUCCCGGAUAAUCGAAAAUGGGCAAAAAGGCGGGAGCGGAUUGCUGAAGCCACGCCCAUCUAGCGCGACUGCAUUGUUAGCAGUGGCAAUCCACCUGUCACUCAAGUGACCACGCCCUUAAUUAUGCAGAACUUUAAGGCUUAAUAUAAUUUAAACGGAUGAGUUAUAAAAAAAAUUCACCCCCCUCACAGUUUAAUGAAGGGCAAAAUUCCCAAAAGGGCAAAAAGACCAAAAUAAUUUUUUAAACCAGGCUGUAAACAUGUUUUUUUCUGAUGUAAAGUUGGGCAUUUUAACAUGGGGAGUCAAUGGGACUGACUCUCUUCUGCAGCCAGCCUCAAGCGGCCAGUCGAUGAAUUGCAGUUUUAGUCACUUCCUUAUUGGCUUCAAGGGAGAGAGCGGGAGGUUGCCGCUCGAUACCGACCCAUGUGACGUGUCUCCAUGGCGACAAGCCUAAACAAACUGAUCCUGCAGGAGCUGAUCAGAGCACAGAGAGAUGCCGAUUAAAAAAGCAAAGAAGGGGAAGAAAGCAAAAGGAAAGGGAAAGAAAGAUGGCAAGCAAGAGUCAAAACGAGAUAAGGAGUCUGAUACAGAGAGGGCAAAAGCAAACGCUGCUCUGUGGGAGGCCCGGUGUGAUUUGACGGAGAGUUCACGCGUGGAGUACCGUGAAACAGCGCGAAGACUGAGCAAAAUCAACCAUCAGCUCACUGAUCUACAACACAACACUGAGAAGAACACCAUCGAGAUCAUCUCUGUUCUGAGGAACAAAGAUCUGCAAAACGAGGAGAAGAUAAUGGCACUGGAACGACAACUACAGCUUGAGAAAACAAGGGCCUCUCAGGAAAAAGAGAACUUAGCCGCUCAAUACACACUAAAGAUCAAUGAGCUGGAGGAGAAGUUUGACAAGAGAUCUAGCGAGUUCAACAUGAUUCAAGACGAGCUUAAGAUCAUCAAUGACUUCCUUAAGAAGAAGCCCCAAAUGGAGCAAGAACUUAAACAUAUGAAAGAAACUAUGGACAAUGCAGAUCUAGAACACGAGAAAACACUUGCAAGAAUGGAGCAAAAGUUCUUCAAUAAUAAGGUUCAUCUAGAGAAGGAAGCUGAGCAAAAGAUUGCUGUGCUUGCAGAACGAGCUCACAAUGAAGCCAUCAUACAGCUGGAUGAUGCAUCUCGCUCCAUGUUCAAGGAGAAUGUGCGGCUAAAUAAGGCACUGGGUUACCACAUCAAAGAGGUGGAGGGUCUGCGGAAGAGAAAUGCAGCUCUGGCAGAAGAAAACAACAUCCUCAGUCUGCAUAAGGAGAUGAGUCUGGACACCUCAAAUGACACCAUAUCUAAGCUUACAGCCCAGCGGAGCACAGUGUCUGGGCUGAGGGCCACGGUUUUCGCGCUGGAGCAGGCACUGGCCAGCAGGGUGUCUGAGUUUGAGUGGGACAAGGCUGACAUCAAGGAGCGUGCAGCAGUCAGGACUCAGGCCAGCGGUGUAGAGCUGGACAAACUGCAGAAGCUCCUGAGUUUUCGGGACAGGGAGCUGAGCCGAGUGAAGAGAAUAGCCCGCAGUGUAGUGGAGCAGCGCUCAGACAUGGAGAUCCUGUUCUAUGAGGCUCUGAACCACGUGAAACAGGAGAUGCUAAUGCACAGACAGGAAGCAGAAGUAAAUCAUAGCAGGCAAAUGGAUGAGUUUCUAUCGGGCAGAAGGGAGAUUCACACCAUCACCAAAACAACCCACAGCACUUCCAUUGGUAUGGACGAGGCUGAAAAAGGCAAUCUGAAGAAAGCAAAAGUGAACAUAUCAGAGAUGACCUGGGAGCAAAGAGAGAGAGUUCUCAGACUGCUCUUUGCUAAAAUGAAUAAACUAAAAUCAAAGAAACCAAUUCAUGCUCCAGCUCUGACGGAUUCUGAUGGGAACCAGUGUAGCAGCAGUCCAGGGAAUGAAGAGGAAGAAUCCCAUGCAAGCUUUUUAACCCAAGCACCAGUUUCCAGUAUGAGCUCCAGUGGAAACUCCAGAGCUCUGCCAGACCUGUAGAUCAUCUGACCUCAUCACAGACAAGAGAGCUAAAUAAUGGCAAAGUAUAAGUUAAAUAUUGCAUAUCAGCUAUGAAAUACCUGGAAGUGUUCAUGAAUAUCUAAACUAAAAAAUUAAAAAUCUAGAAAUGCCUGUUUAUCGACAUUGAUGACGUUGGCAUUGAAGAUUAGACAUGAGAGAAACUGAGUGAAAUAAUAUUCAGGAGGAUUUCAAAAGUCUUGGCAUAAAACCACCCACAAUAUUAAAUUGUUGUUUAUUGCUGGAUUGUUUCAUAGAAAUUGAAUAUAAAUAAAUGUAACAAAAAUAACAUUUUAAUGGGAAAAUGGUCAAACUGUUAUAAUGUAAGGUAAUUUUUCUAAUAAUGGUGUAUUUUUGAAAGUCUGUUUUAUUAAGUGGUGAUUCAUACAAGGGGACAUGUACUGCAUUAGUUAGUUCCUUUGCAUGAAAAAAAUCAAAAACAGAUUGUGAAAGUCAAUGUUGUAUUUAGACAUUUUUUUAGACCGUAUACAUCUAUACUGUAAAGAUACUGCAUUUUGUACUGUUAUAAAGCAUUAGACAUAA